CACAUAAAUUCAUAUACACUCAUACAUCUAUUUCUUAUAGUCUUAAGAAGAUCAUGAGCUCCGAGGGGCUAAAGCCGUUUAAGAAGAAAGAAGGGACUGUGAUCCCCAAGAAGAGAGAGUUGGUGAAGACAAAAAUCCUCAAAGCCAUUCUCUCUUUCUUCCGUCGCUCUGACAGCAAAAAAAGUUCUGAGGCUACGGGUGACGGUGCCAGAAAGCGCGUGUAUCCCACUCGCCAAUGACCGCUCGUUUACCGUGGAGUUGAAGAUAGUUACUAUCAUGAUCUUUUAUGGGUUCAUCUCCUCUGUUUCAUUUGUUAUAGUAUAUUUAAGUAGAAGGAAGCUUAAUUAGCCUUGUUGAAGACUAUCUGUUUCUUUAUAUUCGAGGUUUGGUUUCUCCGUCUCGAGAAAGGGAAAUAUUUCAUGAAUGAUGAAUUAAUAUGUUUAGUCCUCUUCUUGUGUAAAACCCAUUCAUAUAUGAUGAGCAUGAGGCGUUGUGAUUCGUUAUG